AUGACCACACCUGUUUCCCCGCUGGCCGUCUCGCCGACAACGCCACUUACCAUCGCCGACGCCAAACAACUAGGGAUUAAAACUUUUGCGCUGGCCGCCAAGUUGACCCUUCGCUCGACGGCCAUUGUCACGAAAUUCAGUAGCCAACUGACUUGGCGCAUCGACAAUUAUCAGAAGCAUUUUGAGGCAGCUCGGAAGGGGCGCGUGCCGGUCAUCUACAGCCCGCCCUUCCACACACAUAGGCAUGGCUACAAAAUGUGCGCUGUUUUGGCGCCGUUUGGUGAAGGAAAAGCUGUGCGUCAAUACGUCUCGUUGUUCGUCUCCAUCCUGCGCGACGAAUAUGACGCCAUCCUGCCAUGGCCCUUCAAAUGCCCGGUGCGGAUCAGCUGGAUGAAUCAAGAUGGCAGCGAAGUGCAUCUAACGGAAUGCAUUCUGCCGAAAGCGCUCCCCGAGAACGAUCCAUUCCUGGGAAGACCGAAGGCCGAACGCAACCCGGCUUUUGGGAUACAGCGUUUUGCCCUCGUCGCUGACAUCGUCAAGGGCAAGUACGUCGUCAACAAUACGGCCUUCAUCCGCGUCAAUGUCGACGUCAGCAAGGUACCGACGCUU